UAGCAUUCCCCUGUGAACAAAUCUUCUUUCCAGGCAGUUUCUCAAACCUUAUACCAUAAUCACUUUCAUAACUUCCAGAAUGGCACCCCCACGCAAGGCUUUGAUUGCUAUCACUUCAGAACAUGCGCCGCUCUACCCAGAGGGCAAGGAGACAGGUUUAUUCAUCACCGAGGCUCUUCAUCCAUUCAACGUCUUCAAAAAGGCAGGCUUCGAAGUCGACCUCGUCUCCGAGACUGGCACCUAUCAGCCGGAUUGGUUGUCCCAGCAGGAAGAUUGGCUUCCGCAGGAGGAUCGUGCCGUCUGGGAGGAUCAUUCGAGUGAAUUCCGUUCCAAGCUUGAUAAGUUGCUGAAGCCAAGCGAUAUCAACCCAGAUAACUAUGGCCUUUUCUUUGCAUCCGCUGGCCAUGCGUCACUGAUUGACUACCCCGGUGCCAAGGGUCUGCAGUCCAUUGCUGCUAAGGUGUACACCGACGGUGGCAUUGUUUCUGCUGUUUGCCAUGGAGGAGCUAUCUUCCCGGGUAUUAUUGAUCCCUCAACCGGAAAGUCUGUCAUUUCCGGUCGCAAGGUUACCGGUUUCACUACCCGAGGUGAGGAGGAAGAAGGUGUCCUGGACACCAUUAAGAGCUGGAACCGGCCCACCAUUGAGGCCUCCGCAGCCUCCUGCGGAGCGACCUAUGUCUCUCCCAAUGGACCCUGGGAUGCAUUCACUAUCACGGACGGACCUAUUGUCACAGGUGCCAACCCCGCCAGUGCUCAUGUUACUGCUGAGGCUGCGGUCAAGGCUUUUGAUGCGCUUUGAAUUGCUCUCCUAUAAAAAUGAUAGCCACGGUAGUUUCG